GAGAGGGAUGCGGUGGUCGAGAUCCUUCUGGAGGGGGGUUGGGGGAGGACGGGAGGCCCAGAUGCACCGACCGCUGCUGCCCCUCAGCCUCUGCCCUCCCUCCUCCUGCCCUCCCCCUUGCAGAAAUGCCAUGUCGUGGGGCCGCACCGGGGCCGAGCCUAUGUGACACCUGCGGUUCCCGGUGGCCUCCACACUCUCCCACGCUCUCCUCCCACGCCUCACGCUGAUCUCCUGCCUUCCAGAUGUUUGUUUUCGUCAGUCUGUCGCUUCUUGCCUGGAGUAGGGUACUCGGAUGUUGGAGACCGAUUUUAGACCACCCCUGUGUUAGAGCCCCUUGAGCCAUACUGUUUGUUCUGGUCUUAAGGAUCACUGUGACACCAAUAAAAAGGAAGGAGAUGGACGUCUGUCGAAUUCCUGCAUGGCCGAGUACCGAGCAAACUGCUGCCCCAUCGAAUCCUCAUUACUUGUUCUUAGAACUCGUUUCACAACAUCUUAACCUCACAGACAUUAGCUGGCUUGGUGGCAUUUAGCGAGCACCGUUCUUUCCUCCCUAGCUGGUUAGCUUUCAAGUCCAAAGUAGGAACUCUGAACCCAGACACUUCCUGUCUGCUGGGCUCUGGCUGAACUGUACCACUGCCAAACCCUAACCCUAGGCCAACUGCUUCCUCUUUCUCCAGCUGAGGAUUCUUUUCAUGUCCCUUUCACUAGUGCAGACUGCGCUUCCCUGCUUCUCUGGUUAUUUCAGAAGCAGGCAUUCCUUAAGCGCUGUAAGGAGGUGAACUUUUGGAGUACAGAACCUUGGAUUUUGAUCCUGGCUCUGCCACGUACCUGUGUCCUUGAGCAGAUUCACUGUCUUCUCGCUUUAGCUUGUCUUUGCUUAACAUGGGUGAGUGCCUUCUGACCAGCAGGCUCUUGUCCAGUUCUCCCUCGCUGUCCUCCAGCAGGCACUGCACGGAAGCCCAGACCCCUCUGCUCCUCAUGGGCAGCUGCCAGGCAGGGCACAACUUGCAUCUCUGUCUGGCUCACCACCCACCUUUGGUCUGUGCCACUUUGAUCCUGCUGCUCCUUGGCCUCUCCGGCCUGGGCCUUGGUGGCUUCCUCCUCACUCACACAACUGGCCUACGUAGCCCUGAUAUUCCCCAGGAUUGGGUUUCCUUCUUGAGAUCUUUUGGCCAGCUAAGUCUCUGCCCCAUGAAUGGGACAGUCACAGGGAAGUGGCGAGGGCCUCAAGCCGUAGGCCUGCUGACUACUUUGAACUUCGGAGAUGGUCCAGACAGGAACAAAACCCAAACAUUCCAAGCCAAGAUCCAUGGUAGUCAGAUAGGAUUGAAAGGGUCUUUUGCAGGAGAGUCUGUCCUGGUCACAGCCAGGGUGGCCUCAGGAAGGACUCCAGGGACCUGCCUCUAUUUCAGUGCUGUUCCAGGAAUCCUGCCCUCUAGCCAGCCACCUAUAUCCUGCUCAGAAGAGGGAGCUGGAAAUGCCACCCUUAGCCCAGUGGUGGGUGAGGAGUGUGUCAGGGUCUGGAGCCAUGAACGCCUUGUGCUCACCAAGCUGCUUACUUCGGAGGAGCUAGCUCUGUGCGGCACCAGACUGCUGGCCCUGGGCUUUUUCCUGCUUCUGUUGUGUGGCCUUCUCUGCUGUGUCUCUGCUUUGUGCUUCCAUCCACGCCCAGAGUUCUACUGGUCUAGAACAACGCGGCUCUGAGGGUGCCGGCCUGCUCCAUGCUUUGUUCUCAGGUGCAGAUCAAAUUCUUGGGCCUACUUCUGAGUUUAGAAGACCUAUUACAAAAAAUGAAGAAGUGGAAUGUGGGAAAAUAAAUGGCUUUUUGACUA